GUCAAAAUGUGAGAAACUAGACUGUUGUCUAGAAAGUUCUUAAAAUAAACUCCAGUAUAGAAAUGUACUAAUAAUUCUGCUGAGGUACAGAAGAAGAAAUUUUAGCUGAUAAAAUGAGCAUCAUGUUCUAGCACAAUCAGAGAUGACUGGGAGAGUCAAAAUCUGGGAUAUGUGUCAACUCCACCACCUUGGGUUGUUUUGGCGUACUGUUAAUUGUCUACUUCUCUUGCUGAUCCAGAAGGAUAUACUUUGCUGCCCAUCUGUUUGCCAGCAGUGUACAGGCAGACAAGUUGACUGUCGUAAUUCAGGUCUUUCAUCUGUUCCAAGGAAUUUCCCACAAAAUACUAUAUUUGUAUAUUUAAGUGGGAAUAAUCUAUCACACAUAAAUCCAAAUGAACUCAUCGGCCUUCAGCAACUUGCUGUGCUGCACUUGGAUAACUCUAGCAUUUUAUAUGUGUACCCAAAGGUUUUUGCUGAAUUUAAGAAACUGUGGUACCUACAUCUGAAUAAUAAUAAAAUAAAACACUUGGAUCCUGGAACGUUUGAAGGACUUUCGAAUCUUCAUUCUUUAUACCUGCAAAAUAAUGAAAUUGCUGUUGUUCCUAAAGGAUUAUUUAAAGAUCUUGCUUCAGUUCAAUAUCUAAUGCUACAAAGCAAUCACCUCAGCAUCCUUGGUAGUGGCACUUUCGUUGGCAUGAUUAGUCUUCGGAUUCUUAACCUAGCCAACAAUAAGAUUUCAUGGAUAUCACAUGCAGCAUUUCAUCACCUUGGCAACCUUACAUGUUUGUACCUUGAAGGCAACAAUUUAACACGCGUGCCAUCAAAUGCGUUUGUAGUAUUGAGCAAUCUUGAAAAACUUUUGUUGUCACAUAACCCAAUUGGAUUAAUACCCCCCUUUGCAUUCAAAGGACUUGACAGACUUCAGUAUCUCUCUUUAAAAAGUUCAAACAUAAAAGCUAUCCAUGUGAACGGCUUCUCAAGUCUAAAUAAUCUUAAAAAGUUAGUUUUGAGCAAUAAUCAUUUACAGAAUAUCAGUUCAAGUACCUUUGCAUUGUUGGAUAAUUUAAUGUUACUACAGCUUGACAGAAACAAAAUAGUCAAUAUUGCAGAUAAUACAUUUGAAAAAGUGGGAUCCUCUUUGAAGAUACUGAGUCUAGCAUUUAAUAAUCUUACAGACUUGCAUCCUAAAGUGCUUAAGCCUUUGGUUUCUUUAACUCAUUUACAGGCAAAUCACAAUCCUUGGAAUUGCAGCUGCAGAUUUCUUGGGCUAAUUAAUAGGCUAGCAUCUUCUUCUGUCUCUGUAAAAAUUCAUUGCCAAAAUUCUUCCAAUUUGCACGGAAGGCAUUUUAACUAUGGUAACUGGAGUUUGUUUACAAACUGUUUCAAAACUACCAUAAGACCUGAAAUAUUCAAGAAUAUAAAACCAGCAGGUAUCCAUCACAGUACCACUACUUUAUUGAUGGCAUGGGAUAACACCCCUACAAGCAAUUCAUUUCACAAAAAAUUAAAUAAUAUGGAAGCAAAUGCAAUGACUUUAUGGGCAGAUGUGCCUACCACAUCUGCAACAUUAAAUCUUUAUGAAGAAUAUUCCAACGGGAAGCUGAGACAGGCAGCUACAGUGUUCUCACUGUUAACAAUACAGAUGCCAGCGCAGAAUAUACCUGUUAAUUUGACCAUGGAAGAUAACAAAGCAUCUCCUCCAGAAUCUACUUCUAUAUCCUUUAAAACAUCUCUAAUCUGUACACAGCAGGUAGAGAAACUACAUCAGGCUUUUGACAUUUUAUUAACCUUUUUUAUUUUGGCCUGUGCUGUGAUCUUCUUUUUGAUCUACAAAAUCAUUCAGUUUAGACUGAAGCUCAAAGAGCAAAGGGACUCUGACAAUGGGAUAGAAUACUAUGGCUUUUAUCAAGCUGGUAGCUACAACAUAAUUGAUCCAAUUCAGCCUCAGAAUCCAGUGGGAGGUUCAGAACUGGACCAACAGCCUUCUAAACCAACAGCACUUGGAAGCCAAGCACAGGUCAUCUUAUUUGAACAUUCAGCAUUGUAAUACGCUCAGCAGGAUUUUUGUGGCUGCAUGUAUAAAGGCCAAACAGCAGCAACAUGAAAUAUUUUUGUAAAUAAAAGUUCAACUGUUUAUAUUUGGGGGGGGGAUGGAAAAUCUAAACUGUGUGAAAUGACUGCUGCAAUUUUAAUAGUUACAUUUUUUGUCUGAAUCUUAAGUUUUAUAUAUACGUGUGUGUCCGUGUGCCCAUUUUGUUCUAUCUGCCUGUGGAAAAUCAUUCAUAGAUAACUCUAACUUUUCAUGUGUUCAGUAUUCAAUAUCAGAUGUUAAAUCCUUGUCUACAAAGAUCUCAGCCUUUUCAAAUAUUCAUUCAUAUUAAAUGAUUCAUAGAAACAGUGUAGGACAACUUACAAUUGAGUAAGUAAAACUGACUAUAGCUGGCAGUAUAGUGGAAAAACAGCAACACUGUAAUACAUUAUGCUACUCAACAGAGCAUAACAUUCUAAAGAGAUAGGUAUGCUUGUUCUAAUGAACUAUAAUAGUUAAAUCUUCCAGGAUAAAAUUGUUAUAUGUAUUUUUAAAGUCUGUUGCCAAAGUAGCAGCUCUCUGCAUAUUCCCUGCCACAGAUUUUUGUCACAGAUCUCUAGAUAGUACUGACUGAAAUUAGAAUUUAUAAGAACACUUGUUUACUUUCAUAUUGUAAGAAAUACUACCUUUUACAGUUUCUAAUAUCACAAACUGAAGAUAUUUUGAGAGUUGUGUUUUAUCAGUUGAGCAUUUAAACAUUAACUCCUACUGAGAAGUCUAGCCGGAAAAGCUAGAUAUGAUGGCAACAUCCUAACACUGUAGAGAGCUGAGAGGGCCAGUGCCAAAAUGAAAAUCAGUUUGUGAUUGUGUGUAAUAAUGUGAUUCCAUUCCAAUUAGAUAGAUGUGAUAAGAACCUUUGCAAUGGGUAUUGUUUCAUUAGUGUACCAUUGAUGCUGUAACUUCUGUUUGUUAAUUUGGUGGAUUGAUUAUAACAUCCAACAAACUAUACUAAGAUU